ACAACACAAGUCUUUAGUUCUUACCUUCCCUUGUCCAAUUAUAGUUGCCUGCAAAAUCAAAAUGAGAAGCUUUGGAAAUAUGGGGCAAUGGCCCCUACUCGCAUUUGCUUUGGCAAUUUGCUUAGUAGCAACUACUGUUGUUGCUGAUUACUCUUAUGACUACACUUCUCCCUCACCCUCUAAGUACUACAAAUCACCUUCGCCGUCAAAGUACCAUGCCCAGGUAACGGUCUCUUACAAACAUUAUCCUUCACACUAUUACAAGUCGCCUUCGCCAUCAAAGUACCAUAGCCAUUCACCAAACGUCUACAAAUCACCUCUACCUUUGAAGCAUGAUUAUUACAAUGCACCAAAACCUACAAAAUAUUACAAAUCACCGCUACCUUUGAAGCAUGAUUACUACAAAGCACCAAAACUAACAAAAUAUUACAAAUCGCCUGCUCCUUCAAAGCACAACUACAAGUCACCAUCACCGAUUAAGUAUUACAAGUCACCUGCUCCUUCAAAGUACUAUUACUACAAGUCACCAUCACCAACAAAAUAUUACAAAUCACCCGCUCCAUCGAAAUACAACAAGCCACAAACACCAACAAAAUAUUAUAAGUCACCUAUUUACUACAAGUCUCCACCACCACCAAAGUAUUACGAGGAAUCAUCUUCUUAUUACAAGUCACCUCCACCCCCACCGAAAUACUACGAGCAGUCAUCGUCCUCUUACAAAUCUCCCCCGUCUCCACCAAAAUAUUACGAGCAGUCACCUUCAUACAAGUCUCCACCUCCACCACCAAAAUACUACGAGCAAAUACCUACAACUUACAGUGCACCACCUCUACCAAAAAUCGAUGAACAAUUAACAUCAUAUUACAAUUCACCACCACCACUAUCGACAAACUACAAUAAGCAAACUCCUACCUAUGCCUCACCUCCCCCACCUGAAAAGUACGAGCAAUCUUCCCCCUACAGUUCACCUCCACCAACCUACUACUAAUAUUCAAGUCAUUCGCCUCCAAAAUAGCUAUCAUUUCCUUACUUUCAACUUCUUAGCAUACUCUUGUUUGGAGCGUCUCCCAUCAUUGUUCUACCUCAUUCCUAAAGUACAUGUAUUAUUUAUUAUAUUUUAUGUUUUGCAUUUGAUGUCUAAUUAAGAUCAUUGAGAUCUAUAUUGAUUCGGCUCAUUGUAUUAAGAACUUUUUGAAUUAAUCUCUUCAGAAUUCUACUUUGCUUCUUA